CGGAGACUAUUGACUAACAGCGACCUUACGGGAUUCAUUUGUGGAUAUUUCGAUUGCAAAUCUUCAUGAGCAGUCUGUAUUAUAAUUUGUGUAUAAAAUGUUUGUCAUAAGAGCAUUUAUAAGGAUUAUAUGUUACCUAGUGCGAGGACAACCAUUGCAUCCUGCUUAUCCAUGGAGGGUCUUAUUCAUCAUGGCCGUUUUUUCGAUCUUAAAGACAAACGCACAGAUUCGGUAUUCAGUUCCAGAGGAAAUGAAGAAAGGAUCUCUUAUCGGGAAUAUAGCUCAUGAUCUUGGUCUGGAUGUUCAAAGACUGCGCUCGGGUCGAGCUCGUAUCGUGUCUGGCGACAGCACCGAGUAUGUAGAGCUCAAAACAGACAAAGGGAUUUUGGUUGUAAAGGAGAGAAUUGACCGAGAGCAGCUUUGCGCUGAAACCACUCCGUGCAGCUUCACGUUUGAAAUAAUACUCGAUAAUCCAGUGCAACUACAUCAUAUUAUGGUGGAAAUAUUGGAUGUAAAUGAUCACUCGCCAACUUUCCUUAAUGAUUUAAUUAAUUUUGAAAUAAGCGAGUCAGCUGCCCCUGGAGCUCGUUUCCAAGUGGGAAGCGCAGUUGAUCCUGAUGUUGGCGUGAAUGGUAUUCAAAAUUAUGUCAUAUCACAGAAUGAUAAUUUUAUUUUAAAACAACAUGUACGAGAAGGUGGUGUGAAAUAUGCAGAAAUGGUGCUUCAGAAACCUCUAGAUAGAGAACAGCAUCCACGACUGUCCCUCAUUCUCACAGCGGUCGACGGAGGAAACCCUCAAAAAUCAGGUAACGUUAAAAUAGAGGUCACUGUAUUAGAUGCAAAUGACAACGCACCAGUAUUUAACCAGUCCAUAUACAAGGCAACAAUUAAAGAAAAUGCACCUAAAGGAACUUAUAUAACAACUGUUAAUGCGAGUGAUGCAGAUUCCGGGUCAAAUAGUUUAAUCUCGUAUAGCUUUAUGAACACGAAAAUUGUCAGCGAGAUUUUUGAGUUGGAUGAAAGCACUGGUGUGAUAAAAUUAAAUGGGGUUCUUGACUACGAAAAAGCAAAGAAAUACGAAAUUGAUAUCGAAGCAAAAGACGAAGGUGGUUUAGGCGACUCUGCAAAAGUCAUUGUUGAUUUAAUUGAUGUAAAUGACAAUGCGCCAGUGAUCAGUGUCAUGUCAUUUUUCACCCCAGUAAGCGAGGAUGCACCUGUUAGCAACACUAUUGCAAUUUUCAAUGUCAAAGAUGUAGAUGCAGGAGACAAUGGUCACGUUGAAUGUACUAUUGAUAAAAGUUCUCCAUUUAAACUACAGUCUUCACUGCGGAAUUAUUACACUUUAGUCACUGAUGCGGCUUUAGAUCGUGAGCGUGUGGCAGAAUAUAAUAUAACUAUUACAGCAACAGAUUCAGGAUCUCCUGCGCUUUCCAGUCAAAAAACUUUGAAUUUGAAAGUAUCAGAUGUUAAUGACAAUCCACCCAGGUUUCAAAAGAGUGUUUACACUGCAUUUAUUACAGAAAACAAUUCGCCAGGUCUGUCCAUAUUUACUCUGAGCGCUAAAGAUGAUGACUGGAACCAGAACGCUCGUAUUUCAUAUCUUCUAGAAGAUACUUCAGUGGGUGGAUCCCCUGUUUCCUCUUUUAUAUCAGUAAAUGCUGACAGUGGAGUGGUUCACGCACUGCGCGGUUUUGACUAUGAGCAAAUGAAAAGUGUUCAAGUUUGCGUAAAAGCACAAGAUGGAGGCUCUCCGCCCCUCAGCACUAAUGUGACUUUGGAUAUUAUAAUCCAAGACCAGAAUGACAACGCUCCUCAGGUUCUGUAUCCAGUACAGACUGGCGCUUCAGUGGUGGCUGAGAUUGUGCCUCGUGCUGCAGAUGUUGGAUAUCUGGUCACUAAAGUGGUGGCUGUUGAUGUGGACUCUGGUCAGAAUGCCUGGCUCUCCUAUAAACUGCAGAAAGCUGCAGACAAAGCGCUGUUUGAAGUGGGUUUACAGAAUGGAGAAAUAAGAACUGUGCGACAAGUGACUGAUAAAGAUGCUGUCAAACAAAAACUCACUGUUGUUGUGGAGGAUAACGGACAGCCCUCUCGCUCAGCUGUGGUCUCCAUUAACGUGGCAGUGGCUGACAGCUUUCCUGAAGUGUUGUCAGAGUUUACAGAUUUUACGCAUGAGAAACAAUAUAACGACAGCUUAACUUUUUAUUUAGUUCUGGCUCUGGCCGCCAUUUCUUUCCUAUUCAUCACUUGUGUGGUUGUGAUAAUAUCAGUUAAAAUCUACAGAUGGAGACAAUCUCGCUUCCUCUAUCAGUCCAAUCUGCCUGUUAUUCCGUACUAUCCACCGCAUUACGCAGACACAGGAGUCACUGGAACUCUGCCUCACGGCUAUAAUUAUGAAGUGUGCAUGACGACUGACUCGAGGAAGAGUGACUGUAAGUUUUCCACACUCGGGGGUCAGAGUGUUUUAGUGGUGGACCCGAGUUUUACUCAGACGACUCAGCGCGCAAUGAAGGAAAAUGACUUUACGGAAGAAAACGUCCAUUCGGAACUGCAAAAGCCACCUAAUACUGACUGGCGAUUUCCCCCAAACCAGAGGCCUGGACCCAGCGGGGCUGGAGCACGUCCUGAAGAGGCAGGUGCCGGUGCUGGUGUGAUAGCAGGAACAGGACCAUGGCCCAACCCCCCUACUGAGGCUGAACAGCUCCAGGCUAUGAUGGCAGCAGCAAACGAAGAAAGAAACACACACAGGUUUGAAACAAGUGGACGCAAGUGAAGCCACUGCGACUCUUGGCCCUCGCUACAAUCUACAGUAUGGCCCGGAUUACCGUCAGAACGUCUACAUCCCAGGCAGCACUGCCACCCUUACAGCCAACCCUCAGCAACAGGUUCUCCAGCAGGCCCUUCCUCCACCACAGGCCCUUCCACCUACCGAAGCCCCCAAAGCGGCUCAAACACCAGCCAGUAAGAAGAAACCCACAAAGAAAGACAAGAAGUAAGACCUGUGGAAUAGCUGAAGAAACAUGUUGCCGGGAAUCUAAACAUCUAUCCUCUCAAACCAUGUUGGGUUUGGAUGAAGAUUUAAAAAGAAAAAAGUGAAUAGUAUUACUUGUUUUAGCGUUAACAUGAGACAAUAAGCAACCAAACAAGAGGAAAUGUGUUCAGAUUCCCGAAGCCAUUUCUCUGACAGAUAUCUCUGUCUUGUAAAUAGCAUACUAAAACAAGAAGAAACACAUUUCUUCUUUUUAUUUUUUCCCUCAAAUGUCACGUUUUAGGCUUUUUGUGUUCUUUUCAAAGCAAAGUAGAUGCUUAUUGUGGAUACAAAAUGAAACGCUGUUAGGCUUUUUAACAUGAUGUGCCACAACUCUCACCUUAACUGAAGAAAGGAGUAUUGAGCUGAACUAUGCAUUGCAAAGGAGAUACAAAAGGUGAACGUAUAUAUAAAGUGUUUUCCAGGUGAGAUAAUACAUGUAUAUUUGCGUAAAAAAAUCUGACGGUGAGACACUGGAUUGUCGGCAUGGUGUUUAAAAAUAGAUUCAGUCUUCUCAUUAACUUCUUAAUAGCCAGUUAAGCAGAGCUGAAUGUUAGGUUAAUGACGUUUGACUAUUCUUUGUUAUUAUUUCCUGUUGGCGUGCUAAAGAAUCCUCUGGAAAUGAAGUAAUGUAAACAGUGUUUUUUUGAUGCUGAGAAAAGAUAAUCACAGCCUUUGUAAGGUCAAUGAUUUGGGUCAAAGGAAGAAGAUCUAAAGAAGGAAACAGCAGAAAUGUGCUUGAAUGGAUCUUAGAUGGAAGGAUUUCAUGUCUGUUCAUCUGCACCUACCACCACUAUCGUGUAUAUAAAAUGUGUAACCUGUCUGUACAAACAUUAGAGCCACAAGGGCUGGCUGUUACAGGAAUGUUUCAGUAUUUUUUACAAAAAAAAGCAACAAAAAAAGACACUAGAAAAAAAAAAGAUCCAGUGUAGUGUUUUAGGAAUAAAAGCUUCAAGUCCAUCGACUAACCAAACUGUACAUACUACGAAACUUCUGAUGACACGCAAUCGUAGCUUAAGGCUUGUGGAGUAUGUGCAUAUUUUUGUGUUUUCCCCCUCUUGAUUACACUUUACUUUCCUCUUCUCCAAUCACCUAAACCUUUGAAAGAUAACAGACAAUACUUAUACUGUCUUUGCUAUAGAGUAACACCCUUUCCUAUCUUACUGUACUUUUCUGUGCUUGUAAUUCCAAUCAGUCCUUAAUGAUACUGGAAUGCCACUCCUGUCUGUUUGACUUUGAAUAUCUAUCUAUCUAUAUAUAUAUAAAUGUCUGUCUGCUGCUUGGCUACUUUUUCUGUAUUUGACUGUGAUUCCUUUAAAGAAACGCUUAGCACCUCAUGUUACUCUUUUUAUUUUAUAAUCUACUAUUUAUAUCGCUGUUUGAUUUAUGUUUUACUUUAUUAUUGGAACACUUACAUUUGAAAUAAAAUUUUGUCAGAACUC